UACGGAUAUCGCUAUCAGUAUUGUGAUGUGCCUGUUGCGAGGCGGUGCGAGACAUGUGUUUUGAGAUUGGUGGGCGUACGUCAUGUCUCCAAAGCCAGUGCAAGUCUCCACACGAUUGGUGCGAGCGCAUUUAAGGAUAUCAGCUUGACGAAAAUGGUCAGUGCAAUCGAAUUCUGCGCUAUAGCGCGAGAAACUACAGUACUCGUGAGUCAUCAAGAGACGUCUGCCGACUUCGAGUAUCUGCUUGCGGACGUCUUGAAAGAGAUCCCCCCACAUGCUGACUUCAAAACUACUCGGUCCCGCGGUGGAUAUGUGUUUCACCUUUUGGUGGAACAAGGACUUAUCUACAUCUGUGCAACACUGCCAGAGGCCAGCAUGCACCAGUCAUUCACCUGUCUCUUCUUGAUAAAGCAGCGUUUCUUGGAAGGUAGCUUGUCAUCACGGGCAUGGGCUGCACAGGAACACGAGCUUGACAGAGACUUUGGCAGUGUCCUUGCUGCCAUUGUAAACAACUGCAACAGUGGACGAACAGGUGAUCAGAUCUCACAGCUGCAUCGCCAAGUGGAGGAUGUGCGUGGAAUUAUGGCACAGAACAUCGAGCGAGUUGUUGAGCGAGGUGACAGACUUGACAGCCUCCUUGAGAAGACCCAGGACCUGGAGCAAGCGGGGACAGUAUUUCGAGCCACUGCUAAGAAAGUGAAUCGCCACAUGUGCCUUCGUAAUGCACGCAUGAUGAUUGUCAUUGGAAUUAUAGUAGCUGGUGUGAUCACCAUAAUAACAUUGUUUGCAACAGGCGUUAUCAAGACAUAACUGCUCUUGCUUCUGUGUUAAAAACUACU